CUCAGAUGAAUAGUGCUUGUUCGAAGAGCUUUCUGCUGAAAAGAGCUUGAAUUGUGCAUUCUAUAAGCUGUAUGAGCUUCCUUUGGGAAUAUCCUAAACUAAUCGUAGAGCUGUUAGCUUCUCAGCACAGCAGUUUCCAGAUGUCGCUGAUAUUUUUGCUUGUAUGCGUUGCAACUCUAGCUGUCGUUCUCUGGUUAGUAACUCGAGAGGAAACUGUAACGUUAGAUGGCUCCGAAUACGUUUUGAUCACCGGAUGCGAUUCCGGAAUCGGCUAUAUGUUGGCGAAUCACCUACAAAAAGGAAAUGGUCGCAAUGGCGUAUUUCAAGUUAUCGCAACCUGUGUUCAUCCUUACGGAAAAUCCGCUUCCCAGCUGAAAUCAGUGGGAAUUAAGGUCGUUGGAUUGGACUUCACGAAGGACAAUAUAAAGUCAUUCUGUGAGCAGGUAGAUGAACUUGUGGGAUCUGCAAAGCUUCACGCAGUCGUGAAUAACGCAGGAGUCUGUAUAAUGGGCGAGUUCGACUGGUUUACCGACGAUCAGAUUGACUACAUCUUCACAGUUAACACUGGAGCAAUUCGACUAGUGAAGUGUCUGAUGGCUAGAAUUAUGAGCAACCGAACGCGGGUGAUAAACCUGACUAGUGUGAAUGGAACGCUCGCUUAUCCAGGCCUAGCAAUAUACUGCUCGUCGAAAUACGCACUAGAAGGGUUCUCGGAUGCGCUUGCCAUGGAGCUGGCUAAGUUUGGUGUGCACGUCAUUAAAUUUCGACUCGGUGACUUUUCUAAUAUUACAUCAAUAAUGGCCAAUCAAAAAUUGCACGCUGACCUUAUGUGGCAUAAUUUUAAUGAAGAGCAACGCGCACAGUAUGACGCUUAUUUCCAUGCUUAUCAGCGAGUGGUCAUGGCCCAGGCUGGUGGACUGAGUGUGACUAAGUUCAAUGAUCUGAUGUAUUGUUUCGACAAAGCACUGCUAUCUGUCCGACCUCGGGCACUGUACAUAUCUGGAAAUGCCAUUUAUCUAAGCAUACUUUGGUUACUGACUUGGAUCCCGGAAGUAUGGCGAAAUGGUUUUGUUGCUUGGACGUUUCAGAAGGCAAUGCAGUCCCAUGGAGUAAUCCCGCCAGUAACGUUCAAUUACACAGAACAUAAUAGUACUACAAAUAUGAAUAACUCGAAAAAACGGCACGUUCACCGUGUAAUACCUUAAAUACAUUUAAGCCUGGAAGAAGUAACACUGACCAGCACGAACAACGAAGCUGUGUUUGAUAGUGAGCUAGGAUGUAAACGAGAGAGAAUUACGAAAAAUCUCCAUAUUAAUUAACGGAUUAAGGUGUGUUUUUCUAUUAGUUACUCGAUUGAAAUAGUUAUGUUGUCGUAAAGCAAGUAGCCGAAUUUAUUCCGCGAUAUUGUCAACAACUGGCCGGAUUGAACGAAUAACACGUUACGACUUUUCCUCUGUCCCAAUUUAUUCAUUAGAAACGAAAGCUACCACUUCCAAGCUGUACGGUACCAGUAAUACUCAGCCAUUUAUCGUUUCCCAUGCAUUAUAGAACAAUUGUUAAAGAGUUUAUUGCCCGCAGCUCCGAAAGCCAUGGAAAUUAUUAGCCUAUUCUCUUCUGAAGAAACGGUUUUUUUUUACUGGAAAAUUAGUGU